AAGCGGAAGGUGAGGGCCGCUGGCCGGAAGUGGGUUGUGGAGCGGUUGAUGCAGGAGUCUGUGCAUUGACUUACCCGGGGCGGCCCGGGACUGGAGUUAGGGAGCUGCCUUCGCGGGCUUCAGUGCUGGAGGAGGCCAGAAGAGGGCGUUGGAUCUCCUGGGACUUGAAUUAAGGUUGAUUGUGAGCCACAGUGUGAGCGCUGGAAAUCAAACCCCAAUCCUCUGGAAGAGCAGCCAGUACUCUUAAACACUGAGCAAUCUCUCCAGCCAGUGAGGAUCCCAUUUAAACUCUGUGAAAGCUAUCAGGUAUGGGAUACAAUCUGCCACAGUCCCUAAAGAUACCAGAUCGAAGGCAAGAGGUAACACUGAGGCUGACGAUGAAGAUAAUUUAAUGUGGAUUCCUUCCAACUCAGGCUGCUUCUGAUGCUUGGAAGCUAUUGUUCCAGUUACUAAGAUGGUAGUAAAUCUUUGCCUCCCACAGUUCAGACCAAGAAUUCACUGCAACAAGGUGUCAGCUGAUGGUUACGAAGUAGAAAAUCUCAUCUCUGAAGACCUCAUAAAAAGAAGCCAUGGCUUUAGGACAGAGUAUUUCAUUAGACCUCCAAUCUAUGUGACAGUUUCCUUUCCCUUUAAUGUGGAAAUCUGUAGGGUUAAUAUAGAUCUCACAACUGGGGGAUAUCAGAAUGUCUCUGGCCUGGAAUUAUAUACAUCUGCCUUAUCUAGCAGAGUCUCUCAGGAUGCCCAGGACUGCUGGACUACAGGCCCGGUGGAGACAUCUGUCCCAGACAAGGAGGCCUUCACCUUGGUAGGCAAAGUCUUACUGAAAAACCAGAACCAUGUGGUGUUCAGCCACAGGGGCUUCAAGGCCAGGCCACCUUUUAGCCCGAUGGAAGUCACUCUCCUCUCUCCUGCUGUUGUAGCCCAGGAACUCUGGAAUAAAGGGGCUCUUUCCCUUAGCCAUGUGGCCCACCUCAAGAUCGGCAUCACCCAUGUGACGGGCAGUGGCAUCUCUUGCAUCAAGCGUUUAGAGGUGUGGGGUCAGCCAGCCAGGACCUGCUCUCAGGAGGUGAUAAAUAGUGUCUUGUUGAUAGCCUCAGAAAGCCUGCCUCAGGACUUGGAUCUGCAUGCUCCAGCCUUGCCCAUGGAGAGUGACUGUGACCCUGGGGGUCAGUCUGAGAGCCAGCACUCUCCCUGUACCUUACAGGACAUGUCUGAGGUGGAAAGUGACGUUCCAGAGGAGUUCCUGGAUCCUAUCACCCUGGAGAUCAUGCCAUGCCCCAUGCUGCUGCCCUCAGGCAAGGUCAUUGACCAGAGCACUCUGGAGAAGUGUAACCUCAGUGAAGCUGCUUGGGGCCGAGUGCCCAGUGACCCUUUCACAGGGCUAGCCUUUACUCCACAGUCCCAGCCCCUCCCUCAUCCUUCCCUGAAAGCCCGGAUCGACCGGUUCCUACUCCAGCACUCUAUUUCAGGCUGCCGCCUGCUUGGGAGAGCACAGACUCCAUCAGCAAUGACCCCUUCUGUCAUUACCCUGCCCUCAAGGAAAAGGAAGACAGAGCAGGCUGAACACAGCUCACACUACAGCCUUGGCAUGAGUGCGUCUUCCUCUGCCACAAGCCCUUUAUUCUCACCUACUACCUCAGAGCCAACUGCCAAGAAGAUGAAAGCCACCAGUGAGCUUGGCCUGACGGACAUGGACUGUUCAGCAGGUCCAGUGUCCCAUGAGCAGAAGCUGGCGCAAAGUCUGGAAAUUGCCCUGACUUCUACCCUUGGCUCCAUGCCUUCCUUCACUGCCCGGCUCACCAAAGGGCAGCUCCAGCUGGGCACAAGAGGGAGCAGUGCUUGCAGGAGGCCAGCCUCCAGCUCCGAGCAUCCAAGGAGUGUUUCUGGCCCAGAGUGUGCCUCCUGCAAACAAGCAUUUUCUUCCUACUCCACAAAUGAGCCUGUGUACCAGCUGCCCUGUGGUCACCUUCUGUGCCGACCCUGCCUGAGUGAGAAGCAACGUUCCCAGCCCAUGAUGUGCACAGCCUGUCGGCAGCCAGUCACCAGCCAGGAUGUGCUGCGGGUCCAUUUCUGAGUGAUGAGCCUCAACUGGAGAAGCCCCAUUUUGGGGGAGACCUGAAGGUGGAGGAAGCAAGAACAGGACCCCAGUGCCUCUGUUCUCUCUUGGGCUUGAAUACCUCAUGGUGUGUUAUGGAGACUGGGUAGGGACAUCCCACUCCUGCUUAGGCAACAACAGGAUAAUAAAGCCAUAGGGCUGGGCUGGGGAAGACAUCCCUACUCUCCCUGGCCCACCUUGUCACUUCCCAACCAGAGCCAGCCCUCACUGGUCAGGAGCACUCCCCUGUGCCCCAUGUUAUCUGCAUACAACCUUCUAAUGGAGCUUUGUGGAUGGAGCUCAAUAGACUGACUUGGGACCUCACACAGCCUUCUCUGCCUCAUGGUCACUCAGAAGUGGACCAUGGUAGGGGCUGUUAAGCACAUGAGUUAGCCAUGUGUACCCCCACCUCUGCAGACACUUGCAGCCUUAAUAAAGUGACAGUUGACAUUCAACAAGGAUUCCUCCUAGCACACAGAACAGAACAGCCAUAUGCAGUUGCUGCUACCGGAUAAGCAAGGGUUCAGAUGUCUUCAGUGUGGGUGUGCCAGUGCCAAGGGAGGGCAAGCAGCUUCCAUCAGGCCAGGUGCCAGAGUAUGUCUGGCUGCUCCUGGAGUCACUCUCCAAGGGAGAGGAUUCAUGUUCCAUAUGUAACCCACAUCAGGAAAACACUUGCUUAUAGAAAAGGCUUUUAACAAAUUCUGUAUGUGUGCAGGCACGUGUGUGCCCUGGUGUACCUAUGGAAGUCAGUGUUCCAGGGGUCAGCUCACUCUUUCCAACUAUGUGGCUCCCAAAACCUCAGGUCAUCAGCAGUGUGGCAGUCUCCUCUACCCUCUGAACCACCUCCUCGGAUCCCAUAGGCUACAUUUUUUUUCCUUCCAAAAUUAAACAGUAUGGAGCCUCAAAGAAAUUGAUUGCCUAUUGGCUUGAAAGAGCUUCCAGCCAGUAGAAGGAUACCUGCACAGGUCCUCACGCUGUCCCGUUCCCUUCCAGGCAUGACCUGCUCUGUCUUGAGAUAAAUCACAGCCCCUUGAGCUACAUGUUGUCUCCCCUGGUUGCCCAGGACUCAGUCCUGAGAGAGAAUCAGCUUUCAGAGUUCCCAGGAAAUCUCUCCAUAGAGGUAGCCAAUACGGGAAUGCCACCUCCUUCCUCCUACACGCCACCAGUGCCUGUUGUGCUUCAGCCUUUGUAUGAGACACCAGGAUCUGCAUGGAUAGGCCACUUGCACUGCCUGGUGGCUCCUGCACACCCCACUCUAUGCCUGCGCCUCCCUUCUAAGUGGUGUGUUCUUAGCCCAUGCAACUACAGAGGGCUUGCUUUGGGGGUUGACACCUACCCAUAACCUGUCACGGUCUCUGGAGUAACCCACUUCCCACUCAGCCUUUACACCUUGAUGUGAGUACCAGGGGCCAUCCCUGCCCCCCACCAAGAACCCCCAGGCUGCUGCCCCUCUGCAGCUCUACCAGAGGUACCCGGCCUACUCUGCUGGAAAACUAGGUCUGGGAGGCCCUGGGGUGACCUGGAGUCCAGGGUGGGGGGAACCACACCCACACCGUAAAUGUGAUUAAGUUUUCCCUUAAAGAUCUGACCCCCACCCCAUGGAAGUGCUCUUUUCCUUCAUCCGCUACCAGAAUUGUUGUAAUCUUCCCUAGAAUACAUGAGCUGGGCGUGAUGUAAGUUUGUAAAUCCAAACAUCUAAAGAACUGCUGUGAGUUCAAGGUCAGCCUGGGCCACAUAGCAAACUCUUUUCUCAAAGACACUGAAAUAAAAAUAUAUUUGGCCCAGUGGA